AUGAAUUCACCAAGAAAUCCUGUAAUAAAGUUUUUGUUAGAAAAUGGAGAUAAUUUAAAUCUUUUAAAGGCUUUAAUUACAUUUUUGCCAGGUCGUUAUGGUGAUAGUGAACUAUUCACCGAAGGAAUUUAUAGUGGUAUGAAUAUUUUCCAAUCAUAUUUGGAUUAUUUAUCAUCAAAUAUUAUGAUGUCAAAUAACCAUGCAAAAACAUCAGAGGGUCACUAUUUACCGCCACCAUAUUACCUAUCAACUCUUAAAUGGAUCACAACAAUAAGGAAUUUAGAAUUAUUUUUAGAAAUUUUUGCAACUAAAAAAUCUUCAACUGGAAAAAAAAUUGUAAUUUUUUUAAUCGAGUUUAUAAAGGCAAUUUUAAGGGUUCAUUUAUUACAUAAAACCAAUGGAAAUAUGUUGGUUCAUCAUUCAUUUUAUGUGCCAUCAAAAGAUGUUGCUGAAAUAUUUAAAAGAAAUAGAAAGCCAAAUCAUACUAAACAUUCAGCAUUUUCAGUUAGUAAUAGUAAUAAUAAUAGCAAUAAUAAUAAUAAUUCAGAAUUUCGAACAGGUAAAAGAAAAACUCUUUCAGAUCAAAUCAUGGAGCAAAAAAGAUUGGAAAAACAAGAGUUGGAUGAAAGAAAUGUAUUGGACCAACAACAAAGGGAGGAUCAACAAUUAGAAGAAUCGACACUAAUUAGAUUAUUACCACCUUCACCACCUAAAGAUUAUAAUACCAAAGUAGUUGGUGAAUUAUUGUAUAUUUUUAGACCUGUUAUUUAUUGGUUCUUAUAUUGCAUUUUUGGGAAAAGAUCAUGGAAACCAUGGAUAGUUUCGUUUUCUCUCGAGUUUUUAAGUAAGUCAUUCUCAGAGUAUGGACUUUACACACACAAAAUACCUCUUACAAAUUUGGAACAAAAAGAGUUGGCAAGAAGAAGAACCUUUUUUUUAUUUUAUUUAAUAAGAUCACCAUUUUACGAAAAAUUCAUUGGUGAUGGUUUUGUAUUAAAAUUAUUUAACCUUUUCAAAAAAAUCCCAAUUUUUAAAACUUUAGUUGAUAUCUUAUUUAAUUAUUUAAGUGUAUAUAGAACAAGAUACUUUUAUACCUCUGCUUCAUAA